AUGCGAGCUGUACUGCCGGGGAGACCCCCUGUGAAGCUCCAGUCUUUCGACACCGCGCUGUGGAAUGAUCUUCGAGUUGUUGUGUACAUCUCUGGCCAAGCACUAGUUAUACUCGGAGGUCCGCACAAGCUCCUACAAACGAUCUACGUCGAUGACACACAGUCCUUGGAGGCUGUCGCAAUAAAUGAAGCUUCAGGGAAGAUUGCUGUUUGCGGGGGUCCCCAUGUUUUCGUUUACCAGCCGUAUGGGAUUCUGGACGAAACGCUGAAGUGGUCGCUGUCCUCUACCCUCCGCUACGAGAAUGACGAAGAAACGAUCCGGACGAUAUCGUGGGGUUCCCACGAGGAGCUUCUUGUGGGAAACUCGUAUUUGACACUCUGGUUUCUGCACGACAUACCGCGGGCGGCAUGGAGGCAAAAGUUGGCAAACCCUGUGAAAUUCGCGCAGUUCUCGCCGGACUCGACCCUCAUUGUUACAACGGGACUUUACGAUCGCUUCGUCAAAGUAUGGAGACGACUUGCGUUUGGGGCGGACGAUGUGCGGUUUGAUGUGUCGUACCUCCCGCAUCCCGCCGUAGUUACGGGAUUCCAUUGGCGCAGGCCGCUGCAUGGAGAACAAUCGAUGGCGAACGUCUUUUACACGCUAUGCGCCGACAAUGAGAUUAGAGUAUGGGCGGCGGUUGAUAACCAUGCUCCGGCCCCACUACAUUUCUGGACCCAGAUCGAUAUGGGCGUCUCUGUACAACCGCGACAGACGAAUGGUACAGACAUAUCUCGCCGCUACGGAUUCAUCAUCGACAGUAGGGAAUUCUGCAGUGCCACCGAGCGGGCAGUGGAACGGAGCACGGGAAACAAAGGAAACCAUGCAUUGGAGCACAUUAUCGAAGUGGCAAACAAGAGCCCAGAGAUAUGUGUUGUUAUAGAUGGCGAGGGACAUAUGUCUGCCUGGGCAUUGGAAGAUGUCGGCUCAAAGACGCAGUCCGAAUUGAACGUGUUUAACAUUCUCCAUGUGGAAGGCUUGGAUUUCUCGUUCUUACGUGGACGCUCCGCGCAGGAAGAUUACGCCCAAAUAUGUGCCUUUCAGAACGCAGACCCAAAAGACACUCUUUCGAUUUUGAUUCACCAUUUUGAUGGACGGAUUGAAUGGUUUGAUUCUCAGGUUGAUGUUUUGUUUGAUCCGGCCCCAGUCAAGAAUCGGAUAGCGCGCAAAGCAUCCUGGACUGGGCAUAUUGGGCCUGUCAAGAAAAUAGUCCGCAACGCCUUUGGGGACACUCUCACCUCACGUACCGAUGACAACAAAGCCCUAGUAUGGAAGCAGAAACGGAGAGAAAGCGACUCGGGGCUUGCCCGUAAGAGUACGCUGUUUUCCGACGAGCAUAUCCACCGCAGUUGCGUAAUUGAGAAUGGAGAUUUCAUUGUUAAUUUGCACCAUAAUGGGAUAUCUCUAUGGGACGUUCGCUCCUUUCAUGCCGAGAAACUUGCAUCUACGACAUUCCAGCUCUCGAGCAAACCGCUCUGUGUCCUGGAGAUGCUUACGCAUGAGCAGAAUGCGGGUGUUGUAUACCUGGCGGCAAUCGCUGCCGAUAUGACUGGGAUUGCUUGGGAGGCCAGCCUCCCGAUUGGGAAAGGACAGACCAAGUCCCAAUGUUAUUUGAAGGAGUUCUGUUCUUUCGAUUUAGGACUGGAAGAGGACGUCGCAUAUUUCCUACCUGUCGACCCCGCCGGGCCUCGGACACAAAUGUCUGGGUUUUUUGAUCUCUUUUCUCCUGAUAUAGCGCUAUCUUAUACAUCGACUGGUGUUGUCCGCACAUGGACUGCCAAGGUUGAUAAAGAGAAUAGGCGCAUAGAGUGGCUACUGACGUCCACUGUUGAGACGGGUAUCACGAAUCCAACGCUUGCAAGUGGAAGUUCCAUUAAGAAAGCUGCACUUGUUGACGAGGACCGAACACAUUUAACCAUCUGGGAUACAAGCGGCGCGCAACUCGAGUUUGAGGAGCACUUCUCGCAGCAGGAUGUUAUCCGCGACCUGGACUGGACGUCCACUCCGGAUAUGCAAUCCGUUCUCGCAGUGGGGUUUCCACACAAGGUAGUCCUACUCUCACAACUGCGUUACGACUAUCUCGAUUCUGGCCCAUCUUGGACACAGAUUCGCGAGAUAUGGAUCCGCGAUCUGACGCCUCACCCUAUAGGGGACUCAUGUUGGUUGAGUAAUGGCCACCUUGCUAUCGGGGCGGGCAAUCAGCUUUUCGUUUACGGGAACGAGAUUAAUGUUGCAGACCGUUUGGUGUCACAGCUUCGCAUACCUACCCGGGGCUCGUCGAUCGUUGAUCUUUUCGAAGUUGUAAACAGGCUGAAUGGUUCACUCCCUGUAUUCCAUCCGCAAUUCCUCGCCCAAUGUAUACUCAGCGGCAAGACGAACUUGGUGCAUUCGAUAUUGAUGAAUCUACACCGGAAACUGAAGUUCUAUACGGAGGGUGACGAUAUUCAUGGUUUUCUGGAGAUGCCGCUGGAAGACAUUUACUGGGAUUCUGAUGCACCACAAAAAGCGGUUUCUAAGGAACUCAACUCGUCAUAUGCGGACCUUUCCCUGGAAGAUGAGCCAUCAGUGAUGGACGAGGAUACCGCGGCAAUUCUCAAUGACAACCUCGCCAGAGUAGCUUUGCCGCAGCUUACUAGCCAGGAACAAGUCCGACUGGUUGAUACGAUUGAAUGCGUUGCCACUGUUGAAAAGCAUCGCCGUUCAAUGGAUGAUAAUGCUGCGCGCUAUCUUUUGUUUUUCAGACAACAUAUGCUGCGCAGGACCCAGGGAAUUGCAAAUAAGAGCACAGUAUCCUGGCGAGAGAUAGUUUGGGCCUUCCAUAGCAGCAGCCAAGACAUUCUCCUAGAUCUCGCGUCAAAGCAGUUUGGUGGCAAGCUGUCCUGGAAGGCUGCCCGCGAGAGUGGAAUGUUUAUGUGGCUUUCGAAUCCUGUGACAAUUCGAGAGCAAUUAGAAGUGGUCGCCCGAUAUGAGUACACCAAAUCAGAAGAGAGGAAUCCAAUCGAUUGCUCUUUGUUUUACCUGGCCCUCCGGAAGAAGAAUAUCCUCCAGGGUCUUUGGCGGAUGGCUCAUUGGAACCGUGAACAAUCUGCGACACAAAAGUUGUUGGCAAACGAUUUCCGGGAGCCCCGGUGGCAAACAGCUGCUCUGAAGAACGCAUAUGCUUUGCUUGGAAAACGCAGAUUUGAAUACGCCGCAACGUUCUUCCUUCUCGCGGACCACUUGCGGGAUGCUGUUCAUGUCUGUCUGAACCAGGUUGGCGAUCUUCAACUUGCGAUUGCCAUCACCCGUGCAUACGAAGGGGAUGAUGGGCCUGUCUUAAAGGAGAUUCUGGAAACGAGAGUUUUACCUGAAGCUGCCACUGAUGGGAAUCGAUGGAUGGCUUCAUGGGCUUUCUGGAUGCUCGGCCGCCGCGAUAUGGCUGUGCGAUCGCUUAUUUCUCCUGUCGAAUCACUUGUCCCCUCAACUCCGAACUCGCCUGAGACUCCUGGUGCGAUCCCCAUACAAGCCAAGUCCUACCUGUCCAAUGACCCAGCGCUGGUUGUUCUAUACAAACAACUCCGGGAGAUGACGCUACAAACGCUUAAGGGUGCCUCUAAGGUAUCCGCCAAAGACGAGUGGGACUUUGUUCUCCGCAAUGCACGCCUAUAUGACCGAAUGGGAUGUGACCUCCUCGCUCUUGACCUCGUCCGCCACUGGGAGUUCCUGAAAGAGCCCCCGUCCACACAACUCACAAAGGGCGGCGCUAUCAAUUUGGUCGAUGGCGCCGUUGAUUACCGUAAGAUGCUUCGACGGAGAAGCAGUCUUGUUGUUGCAGAUAUGCCGACCAAGCAGAGUCUGGGAAUGGAGCCGGUCACGCCGAAGAAGCCGCAACCGCCGCCGACGAUGUUCCAUGAGCCGGAUUCGAACUCUUUGCUUGAUAGUUUCGGGUUUUAG